CGGGCACUGCUUUUCAUCCUCUGACGCAUCAAAGGCUCAUUUCGCUCGUGGCGCUGAGAAUGGAGUGAUCUCGCGCUCCGCUUCACCUGCACAUCUGAAGCUGUUCUUUUCUACCCAUAUCAAUCAAUAUUCAUUGCCAUGAAAAAGAGCAAACCGAUUGCGCUGGACCGGCGUGAUAUUCAUUCCUUGCUGGAUGUGAUCGGUCGCUACGGUGCUGUCGUCGCCGCGGGAAUCAUUGCCAUGCUGUCGGUGUUCGCGGCGUUCUUCAUUUACCGAUCCGUUAGAGGUCAACGCGGGAAAGGUGAAGAGAAUAACGGGAAGGAAACGGCCGCAGCCACUGAAGAACGGAGCUCAAGUGAAGAUAAAUCAACAGAAGAACAUCAGGCGGGAAAACCGAAGUGUUCCAGUGAAUCCAGAGGCGAUAUCGACCUCUCCACCACCAACAACAUUCUCCUUCCUACUGAGAAAGACCUGAAUGAAACCACUCUCAAGGACCUGGAAGAAAUUGCAGAUGAGCUCCAAACAGAAUUGGAACCAACAUUGGGAGACAAAACCGAUUCUGAUCUGGAUCGGUGCAUGGAAAUGGAUUCUGACAAUCCUGACGAUAACACUGAAUGUGAGGAUCAUUUUCAACACAAGGAUGACGACGAUGAUGGAUGUGAGGAAGAUGCCUAUAAGCUUUUGGCUGAUGUGAGUGUACGGUCCAUCCAAUGUGAGGCCAGUGACUCUGAGUAUCUUAGAGAUCUUGACGAGUCUGCGACGGGGCUAAUUGGAGAUGCAGAUGAGCCAUCUGAAACUGAAAGUGCUCAGGAGAUCAUUGAUCAGAGACAUCAAGAUGUCCCUAUUUGUAAACCUCAGGAAGAUUUGCUAGAUCAAGACUUCACUAAUCAAAGCAGUUCUCCUUCAGACCAAGCGGUGGACCCAUCCAUGCAUAGUAAGAUCCGAUUUGAGGCAGACAGCAAAACUGUGUCAACGGUGGGGGAGAACUCGAUCAAGAAGCUUGAAGAUCAUCAUGAUUGCAAUUUUCCACAGACAAAUGACUUUGAUUGCUGUUGCUAUGAUAAGAAGACUGAUAUGGAAGACAAAAUUAAAAACCAGUCAUGGUUUAACAGUGGAAGCUACCCCGUAGAUGCCGUGGAAAAUCGUCAACAACACCACAGAAUCAGGUUAGACUACCACAACGAGCCCUUACACCAGAACUUCCUGGGUUACCACAUCGGUACAUUUAUCGAUGGAUCUUCCACACAGGUCGGCCUUUCAAGCGAGUCCAGUGAAAAGAAAGAAGAUGAGAAAGGUGCAUCAAUGGCAAAAAAGCAUGAGAAUAAUGAGAUUAGUAUCAUGGAUGCCAUUAUGGAAAAUGAUGAGUGGCUAAAUGUAGGUGGGCAAGAGCUGCGAGAUCUUCCUUGGAAAACGCCGACUGCAACUUGUUGUUCAUCGUCCAUUGACGAAAAACUCACCCAAAAAGAAAAUGAGUUGGAAAUUGUCACACUGGGGCAAGCCGACACCAGUUUAGUCAAAGAAGAAGGCUUGGCAAAUAGAAGAGUAGCGACUGUUCCGCCGUUGCCACAACCGUUUAACGUCACCUUCAGGAUUCACUUCAUCACGUAUUCUCCGAGCCAGCUGGUCGCUGUUACUGGGAACCUGGAGGAGUUUGGAGCCUGGGAGAGCUUUGUUCCACUCCACAGAGCCAAGGAUGGGUUCUGGGCCAACACCAUCACCCUCCCUAUGGAGAGCCAGCUGGAGUGGAAGUUCGUCUUGGUGGAGGGCGGAAAGAUCUGCCGCUGGGAGGAGUGUGGAAACCGCCAUCUUGUUUUAACAAGCCAAACUAAUGAGGUCUAUCUUGAUAAGUGCUGGGGGUGUACUUGAUCUCAGAGUUGACUUUCUCUUUCCACCCUUAUAUAGCAAUAAUAAUCCAUAGUGCAUUAUUGAAAUCCAGUAUGCAAGUUUAUAUUUUAAAAUUGAUUGUUAAAGAAUUACUCCAGAAAGCAUGAGGCUGUGGAACUGUUAAUAUAGCAAUAAGAUUAUACAAUUACAAAUAUGCAUUUUUUUUAACUUUAAUAAAGGAUGUGCUUGUGUGUUGAUUGUAUCCAACUGUACUGAAAGUGUCUUGUAUUGUUGAGACUAUAACCCUGUAACGGCAAUAUACCAAAAUUUUGAAAAUCAACAAUAAAACGUCGUUGGAUAUUCCAAGUCAACCAAAGUAAGAAAUGUUCCCGGCUCAAAGUUAAUAUUUUGUCAGGAGCAUAAACUUUUGUGGGAAUCAGACCAAUUUUGAUUCUGGCUCAUGCGGUUCCAGAGUUAUUCGUGAAAAGGGAAAUUUACUACUUGCAGUGCCACUAAGUAACUGAUAUAUGUGUCUUUUGGGGGGAUGGGGUGGGUUUUGUGAAUUUGGACCAUCCCACCAACUUUGAGAACAUCUGUACAAAUACAGUAGAGUUUUAGCCACUUUUGUGUUUUUGGACUCCUAAUGAUGCAUUCCAGAGCUGUGCAGAUGUACAUUUCAGAAAUCCAAAUACUAGAUAUUGGUAUUGGACUAGCUGAACUGGCCUUGUGUGUCGCUUAUUCUUAAUAGUGUAUUUUUAGACUUAAGUUUUCCAGAUUGUUGUUUUUAUGUAAACAAACAAAAUUUGCUCUUCACACUUUUUUGUUGGAUGGAGAAGAAAAAAAUAAAUAAAUAGUUUCAUACCAUGUGGCACACAUUUAGUAUUCGACCAUUGAAAAUGUAACAAAUUUUGGAUGGAACCGUGUUAUAUGGUAAAUGGUCUGCACUUAUAUAGCACCAUUUUAACCUUAACGGUAUUCAAAGCACUUUACACUGACUCAUUCACUCACACAUUCACACACCAAUGACUGCAGAGCUGCCAUGCAAGGCGCUAGCAUGCCAUUGGGAGCAACUUGGGGUUCAGUGUCUUGCCCAAGGACACGGCAUGUGGAGUCGUGGGCCAGGAUUCAAACCACCAACCCUGCCAACUGUGCCACAGCCACCCCAUUAAGAGCCCCAUAAUUCUGAGAUCUAAAUCUAUAGGGUUUUAAAAAUGAAUAGACAAAUAGAAAAGUUUGUUCUGAACCAGAAUCUUGAAGGAUGUAAAGAUAUCUUAUAUUUUGAGUUAUAGGCACUCCAACUUUGGAAAAAUGAUUUUUGGACUCGUGCAAUUGCAACACGGGGUACUGAAGUUAACUGAUUUUAGUAAUAGACCUACCAAGCCCUGUAAAAAUAAAAGAAUGAUGCUGCCACCUUUCUAAGCCACCUCUCUGUAGUUUUGAUAAAUUAUAGGUGAACAUUUUUAUUUUGACCCACUCUACAAAAUAAUUAAGUAAAUAUUGAUUCAUGAUAUUUAAUAUUUUGACUUUGAUUAUCCUUUUAUGGUUCUUUUACCAGUAAAAAAAUUAUAAUUAAAGCCAGGGAUCUUUGGUUGAGUUGUCAAGGAAUUACCCUCUUGUGUUUUUGUGUGUAAAAGCACAAAAUGACAUCCAUCCAUCUUCAACCGCUUAUCCAAAGUCGGGUUGCGGGGGCAGCUGCUCCAGCAGGGGGCCCCAAACUUCCCUAUCCCGAGCCACAUUAACCAGCUUUGACUGGGGGACCCCGAGGUGUUCCCAGGCCAGUGUGGAGAUGUAAUCUCUCCACCUAAUCCUGGGUCUUCCCCGAGGCCUCCUCCCAGCUGGACGUGCCUGAAACACCUCCCUAGGGAGGCGGCCAGGGGGCGUCCUUACCAGAUGUCCAAACCACCUCAACUGACUCCUUUCGACGCAAAGGAGCAGCGGCUCUACUCCGAACUCCUCACGGAUGACUGAGCUCCUCACUCUAUCUCUAAGGGAGAAGCCCAUUUCGGCCGCUUGUACUCGCGACCUAGUUCUUUCGGUCAUGACCCAGCCUUCAUGACCAUAGGUGAGGGUAGGAACGAAAAUUGACCGGUAGAUCGAGAGAUUUGCCUUCCAGCUCAGCUCUCUUUUCGUGACAACGGUGCGAUAGAGCGCGUGCAAUACCGCCCCUGCUGCCCCGAUUCUCCGGCCAACCUCCCGCUCCAUUGUCCCCUCACUCGUGAACAAAACCCCGAGGUACUUGAACUCCUUCACUUGGGGCAAUACCUCCUUCCCUACCUGGAGUACGCACUCCAUCGGUUUCCUGCUGAGACAAUUAAUACUAAUUCUAAUGUUAAAUGUAACCACAAAGUGUUACAGUACCAAAAAUCCUUCAUCCAGUGUUUUGAAACAAUUUUUAAAGUAUAAAAUUAAAUCUCCAACCUCAGAACUCUUGAUGUUGCAAUAAUCACAUUGUUGAAGCUUUUCUAAUUAUUUUAUGACACAAUUCUUGUAUCAUGUUUAAUGUUCUUAGCAUUAGGCCAGAAACAUGUUCUAUACAAAUGCUGCAAUGCCUUGCAAGAGUGUAGUCCCAUUCCACGUUUAGCAUUAUGAAUUGUGGUCUAGAAAUGUUUUGAACACAAUGACAUAGCCUUUGGGUUCAUGCACUUGGAUUCAUGUAAACAGCAGCCACACCCUGAAAUUAAGCAGGGCUGAGCCUGGUCAGUACCUGAAUGGGAGACCUCUUGAGAAGACUAAGGUUGUUGCUGGAAGAGGUAUUAGGAAGUUCUACAGGGGGUGCUCACUCUGUGGACUGUGUAGGUCCUCAUGCCCCAAUAUAGUUAUGUGCACACUAUAAUGUAUAAAAGACACUGUCCUUUGGAUGAGAUGUUAAACUGAGUUACUGAAUCUCUGUGGUUGUUAAAAAUCCCAGGAUGCUUCUUGUAAACAGUAGGGCUGUAACCCUGGUGUCCUGGCUAAAUUCUCCCCAUUGCCUCCUAAUAAUCCCCAUCCACUAACUGGCUGUAUCACUCUACUCUCUCCUCUCCACCAAUAGCUGGUGUGUGGUGAGCGUACUGGUGCGCUAUGGCUGCCAUCACAUCAUCCAGGUAGAUGCUGCACAUUGGAGGUGGUUGAGGAGAGUCCCAUGUUCACUGUGUAAAGCACUGUGAGUGUAGUGUCAGAAAAGUGCUAUAUAAAAUGUAACAUUCAUUCAUACUUAUGUAGAGUUUGUUUUGGGUCAUAGACAUGAUUGUUCAGUGGUGAACUGUUUGAGCAUUGCCAAAAGCUAAAAACACUUUUAUUUCACUAGUCUGACAGGACAAUAUGUCAAAUGCUGACCAAAGUCAGCUUACUCUUUCUAAAUCCGCUUACUGUCAUUCCCAUAAUCACGAGCUCUGCGGCUGCAGUCUGUCCUUGAACUGAACUGCAUCUAGCAAAACCUCAUUUAGUCCUUACAGAGAUUCUAUGCUUUCUAAAUUUAGAAAAAAAUCUCUGUAGCAAACCAAUGAAUCAUAAUAAUCUGAUGAAACUUGUAUUUAUGUUUUUGGUCACAACAUUUGCCUUAAGAAUAAUCUUUGCUGCUCACACUUUGAACUGAACUUAUUUUUCUUUUGGC